AUGUCGAAUACAAAUAAUGAUGAAAAAAAAGAAGAACAACAUCGACCAUUAGGAGCAGUACUUGGUUGGCUCAAUCUUUCACCAACAUUACCUAAUACACAAGAUAAUAUGGCAGGUGCUACAGCAGCUUCACCACCAAGAUUUAUUGAUUAUAAUCAAUUAAUGGAAGCAAAUCGAAAUGCACAAAAUCUUCAACUUGCACAUGAAAUUGUUUUUAAUAAAGAUUUUCAACUUCAAUUACCAGAAUAUGAAAAAGGAAGUAUCGCUGAAAAAGUUCAUGAUACAAUGCAUACAGUAUUUUGGGAUGUUCUAAGAGAAGAUUUAGCUGCUGAUCCACCUCGUUAUGAACAUAUUAUUAAAUUAAUUGGUGAAGCAAAAGAAGAUCUUAAAACAUUAGUAUUACCUCAUCAAACUACACUGAAAGCUCAGAUUGAUGAUGCAAUUGAUCUUGAUACAAUAAAACGUCGAUUCGAAGCAAAAGCAGCAGAUCCUCAUGAAUAUACAAAAUAUUUUAUUGAUAUGAUGGCUAGUCUUUGUGCUGAAUGUCGAGAUGAAAAUAUUGCAAAAUUACGAACAACGGAUGAUCCAUCUGAAUGUUUUAGAGGUAUUAUGGAAGUUUUAAGUUUAAUGAAACUUGAUAUGGCUAAUUUUAAUAUUCGACAAUAUCGUCCUUUAUUACAACAACAAGCAGUUGCAUAUGAAAAAUCAACAUUUGAUAAAUUUAUGGAAAAUCAACGAGCUAUGGGUAUUGAUCCAUUAUUAUCUACUUAUAAAUGGCUUGAACGUGCAUUCAAUCGAUUAAAUACAAAAGAUACUGUUGGUUGGUAUCAAGCACCAGUCGAUACAACAACAACAACAACAUCUCCACAGGAAAGUCCUUCAACUAUUCUUAAUGAAGCUUAUUGUGAACUUUUACUUUGGAAUACAAAAUUUACAUUUCCUGAAACAUUGGAAUUAGAUGAAAUUCGUUAUAAUCAAGUACAUAUAGCAACAAUGCGUUUAUUAUUAAUAUCAACAAUAAUGACUGUAUUAUCUCAUCUAACUGGUUCAGUUUUACGUGAUUAUGAAUCAAUAAAAACAAUGCUUAAAUCAGAAAUGAUUAUAUUAUUAGAUGAUUUUCCACAAAAAAAAAAAUUAAAAGAAAUCUUAAUAUCACUCAGUGAACAAGUUGUUAAAACAACUCGAGAUGAAUUAGCAAAAUAUGAUAAAUCAAAAAUUAUUACUGAUAAUGAACAAAAUAUAAAAGAUGCUAUAAAAGCUAUUGGUGAACAUCAUGUUAUUGAACAUGCAGUUUUUAAAUUACUUUUCCAACGUUAUUUAUCUUUUGUUCAUCAUCUUUUGGAUCAUCCCACAAGUGGUUCAUCAUUAUCUAAUGUAGCUAUACCAAAUGGAUUAAAUAUUGUUAUGAAUGAAGUUAUUACAACAGUUAGUUUUUUUCUUCGAUUAAUAACAUAUAAUAAAAUGGUUUUUAACGAACAUUAUGAUCGAAUUAUCUCUCAAUUACAUUCAUUAUCUACACAAAACAAAUAA